CCCAAUCAAACGUUAAAUUCGAAUCAAAAAAAAAAAAAAAAAAAAAAAAAAAUUUUUUGACAGUUGAAAAUUAAAAUUUCACCUAUUACUACUGCUGGUGUUGUACUGAGAAAACAUUAUUGAUUUUUCAUUUUUCAUUUUGUCAAAUGAAAUAAUUUCGAAACAAGAAAAUACAUGGAUCAUCUUCCUAAUCAAAAUCUUGUCGAUCGUGUAAAUGGAUUAAUCGUUAAACAUUCAUUGGCCGUACCACGGCUAGUAUCAUCACGUUACAUAAACUAUCAAUUUUGGGCCACAAUAUUUACACGAUUAUUUCGUGUCAAAUGUGAUUUGUCAUUGCGUACGAAUCGUGAACGUUUGGAAAUGAUUCGUUCUUGUUUAAAUACACUGGAAUUAUUGGCUGGUAUUUCAUUGGAUCAUAUUAAACCAUUACGAUUACUUAAUUAUGAUGUGGCUACCAUUUCGAAUAUGUUGGAAAUUGCCGAAGUUUGGGGUGAACAUAUGAAUGAUGAUUUUCAAAAUUUCGUUGAUGAUAGUGAUUGGCUUGAUUGCGAACUAAAAACAACAACAACCAAAAUGAAAAAUUCCAAUCUCAACAUUCAACAAUCAUUAUCCAAAUCUGAACCACUCAUGGUGAAUCAGAUUUGCGAUUCAACAAAGGCAAACAAUUUGGCCGAUCUGUUGUACAAGGCAUUGAAGAAUCAGAUUAUUGCAUUAGAAAUUGAAAAAAAGAUUAAAUCCUAUCUUGGUGAUGUAAGUGUUAAGAAUCAACAAAAUAUUAAAAAUGAAUUAAUCCGUGCUUCACGUCAAAGUAUUGUACGAACCCGAACAAUUCAACCGAUGGCAACAUUUGAUUUUAAUUUUACACGUGAAGAAAAACGAAAUCCAAUAUUAAGUGUUGAUCUUGAACGAUUGUAUCCAGAAAUAUCGACAGAACAGUUGAAAAAGAUUCAACAUUUGGAACAAAAUCUGUUGGUCUUACAAAGAGGAAACCUGAAAGUCGGUCAAUUGAAUCGAGUUCAUUUGAAUCAAAUUUUAAGCUAUACAAUUGAAAAACAACGACGACUAAUUGAAAUGACAAAUAAUUUUGAUGAUUAUGGUGAUGAUAAAUCUAGAUUUCCAAACAAACAACGUCUACAAUUAUCGAUUGGCCAAACAAUUUCACAACGUGAACUGCGAUCACAAAAAGCAUCACUGUCAGAAGAAAUUCGUAAAUUUUCUAAAUCAUCAAAGGCUGCCUAUUUGAAUGCACGGUCAUAUUUGGAACGAAUUUUAGUCGAAGAAUUUCGUAAAGUUGAUUCACACCAGCGUGAUCAUUUGAAUGAAAUACGUCGUUAUCUUCGUGAUAAUCAGGACAAUAUGGAAUUGGAUAAGGUUCGAAAUUUAUUCGAAAUGAUUGAAAAUUUAUUUUAAAUUAAUUUAUCUGACGAUAGAUGUCUGUAUCUACGUUUUUUACGAUAUUUAUGUACGACCAACCAAUGCGUUUUAUUGAAUUCAAUAAAGAAAAAAAAAUUCAUUCUUUUCCAAUACAUAAAAA